GCGUCUGGAAGAUGAGGCGCGCCAAGCAGAAAGAAACCUCACCGUUGCUCCUUCCCUAUCCUUCUCUGAAUCACUUGCACGUCUCCAUCAAUGGCUUCUCCGUUGUCUCUUUCCACCGUUGUCUCUCACCGGAUCCUAUCUCUCCACCCUCCGCCUCUUAACCGCAGCUUACUCUUCGUAAAACCCAAAUUACCCUUCAGCCGAACCGUUUCCAGAGAUCUACGCAUGCGCUUGCAUUCUCAAACCACGAACUAUGGCGAUAAGGAACAUAAACCUUCUUCAAUCGAUUCAAAGUUGAACCCUUUGGAAGGAGCUGGAACAAAGAAUCUGGAGAAAGUAGUUGCAACGAUCCUGAUACUAGCUCAAGUGUGGUCUCCGUUGCCCUUGUUUGGUCUAGACUCUGCCUACAUCUCACCUGCAGAGGCGGUUCUUUACUCUCCGGACACGAAAGUUCCAAGGAGUGGGGAACUUGCACUAAGAAGAGCCAUUCCUGCUAAUCCCAAUAUGAAGACUAUACAGGCUUCGUUGGAAGAUAUAUCGUAUCUUCUUAGGAUCCCUCAAAGAAAGCCUUAUGGUACCAUGGAGAGCAAUGUGAAGAAGGCUCUAAAGGUGGCUAUAGACGAUAAAGAUUCAAUAUUGGCUAGUAUACCAGCAGACUUGAGAGACAAGGGCUCAGAACUGUAUGCAUCUCUGGUUGACGGCAAGGGUGGACUUCAAGCACUUAUAGAAUCAAUUAGGUAUCAAGAUCCUGAUAAAGUGUCCAUUCGCCUGGCAUCAUCACUAGACACUGUUGCGGAGAUGGAGUUAUUACAAGCAUCUGGCUUGUCAUUUUUGCUUCCUCAGCAAUACUUGAACUACCCUAGGUUAGCAGGAAGAGGCACUGUGGAAAUCACUAUUGAGAAACCUGAUGGUUCCACAUUUCAAGCAGAAGCUGGGGGAGAUCAAAGAAAGAGUGCUACAAUCCAGGUUGUUAUAGAUGGUUAUUCAGCUCCCUUAACGGCAGGGAAUUUCGCUAAACUGGUAACCAGUGGUGCAUAUGAUGGAACCAAACUCAAUACGGUGAACCAAGCUGUUAUUACAGAAGAUGGGAGUGGUAAGGUGGAUAGUGUUAGUGUUCCCUUGGAAGUAAUGCCUUCUGGACAGUUCGAACCUCUCUACAGAACUCCAUUGAGUGUCCAGGAUGGAGAGCUACCAGUUCUUCCUUUAUCAGUUUAUGGAGCUGUUGCAAUGGCCCACAGCGAAAACUCAGAGGAAUACUCUUCUCCUUACCAAUUCUUCUUCUACCUAUACGAUAAAAGAAACUCUGGCUUAGGAGGCUUAUCAUUUGAUGAAGGGCAGUUCUCGGUUUUCGGGUACACAACAGCAGGAAGAGAUAUUCUUGGGCAGAUCAAGACAGGAGAUAUCAUCAAAUCUGCUAAACUAAUCGAAGGCCAAGAUCGUCUUAUUUUGCCUGCUCAGAACAACAGCUCAUCCACUUGAUUCUUCUUCCGUACUACAAGAUGUUGUAAACACUUUCUUGUCCCAUAACAGAGUACAAGUUUCUUUUUACCGGAUUGGCCAAUUGGGUCUGAAUCUUAUUCGAGUUCCAACAUUACUGUAAUAAAAAGUUCUCAUUUUUA